AUGGUUGCUACCACGUCUUGGGUGCCCGCCGACGCCAAGGGCGACUUCACCAUCCACAACCUGCCGUUUGGCAUCUUCUCUAACGGCUCCGACGCACCCCGCGCCGGUGUUAGAAUCGGCGACAGCAUUGUCGACCUCAAGGCCCUUUCCAGCGACCCGGCCGCUGCCAGCCUCAAGUUCAUCCAGGGCUCCGCCGCCACCCUUGCGCAGCCGACGCUCAAUGCGUUUGCUGAGUCCGGUCGCGCCACCCACAAGGGUGUUCGCGCCGAGCUGCAGGCCAUCCUCGGCGAGGGCGGCGAUGCUCUGCUCAAGAGCAAUGAUGCGCUGAGGCAAAAAGUUCUCGUGCCCGUCAACCAGGCUAAGAUGCAUCUUCCCAUGCAGAUUGGUGACUAUACCGACUUCUACGCUGGCUACAACCAUGCCUUCAAGGUUGGCGUCCUCUUCCGCGGCCCCGACAACGCCCUGCAGCCCAACUACACGCACAUCCCCGUCGGCUACCACGGCCGCUCGUCCAGCAUCGUUGUCUCCGGCACGCCCAUCCAGCGCCCGCGCGGCCAGAUCCUGCCCAACCCCACCGCCGCCGAGAAGAUCCCCAUCACGAGCGCCUGCAAGCGCUUCGACUACGAGCUCGAGCUGGCUGCCUUCAUCUGCAAGCCCACCCAGAUGGGCGACGCCGUCGACGUCAACCAGGCUGACGAGUACAUCUUUGGCUACGUCCUGCUCAACGACUGGAGCGCCCGCGACAUCCAGGCCUGGGAGUACAUUCCCCUCGGACCCUUCAACGGCAAGAACUUCGGUUCCACCAUCAGCCCCUGGAUCGUCACGGGUGAUGCCCUGGAGCCCUUCCGCACCGAGGCGCUGGAGAACAAGACCGCCAUCCAGCCUUACCUGCAGGAGGCCGAAAAGAAGAACGUCUACGACAUCAAGCUUCAGAUUACGAUCAACACGGACGGAAAGACGGACGGCAACGUCAUCUCCGAGACCAGCGCCAAGAACCUGCUGUGGUCGUUCCCCCAGAUGGUCGCCCACCACACGUACGGCGGCUGCAACCUGCGAGCGGGCGACAUGCUGGGCUCUGGGACGAUCAGCGGCACGGAGCUACGCGAGCGCGGCAGCUUGCUGGAGAUGACCGAGGGCGGCAAGCAAGACUUUGAGAUUGGGAACGGCAAGGUGCGUCGCUUCCUCGAGGACGGAGACAGCGUUGUCAUGUACGGAUACUGCGAGAAGGACGGCGUGCGCAUCGGCUUUGGCGACUGCGAGGGCACCAUUCUGCCGGCCAAGGCGCUGUGA